CAUAAUACAGUGCGGUUACAUAUUAAAGUGGACAUCGUUACGCUAUAGACGAUUUCUUAACAAUACUAUCGCAGUUCUAAAAAUUUAAAUUUCACAGAUGUAUGUGCUUUUGUUAUGUUGCGUUCUUAGCGUAACCUCGGCGUUGGAUAAUGGACUGGCUUUGACUCCGCCUAUGGGAUGGUUGACAUGGCAACGCUUUAGAUGCAAAACAGACUGCAAGACGUAUCCGGAUGAAUGUAUAAGCGAAGCUUUAAUAAGGCGUACAGCGGAUAAAAUGGUGAGCGACGGCUAUCUGGCCGCGGGGUAUAAUUACGUGGGCAUAGAUGAUUGUUGGAUGGAGAAAGAUCGUGAUAAGGAUGGCAGACUGGUGCCGGAUGCUACACGUUUCCCUAAUGGCAUGAAGGCAAUUGGUGAUUAUAUUCAUUCAAAAGGCUUGAAAUUCAUUCUAUUUCAAGACUAUGGAAACAAGACACUUAUGGGCUAUCCGGGCGUGUUAGGCCAUGAAAAGACCGACGUGGACUCAUUUGUAGGAUGGGGAGUAGAUUAUAUAAAAUUGGCUGGGAUGAAUGUGGAACCGUCAAAAAUGGAUACAGGAUAUCCUGAAUUUGGUAGAUUAAUGAAUGAAAGUGGCCGACCAAUGGUGUAUUCGUGCAGUUGGCCUGCGUAUCAAGGCAAACCCGACUACAAGUCGAUUAGAGAACAUUGCAAUCUGUGGAGGAACACUUUUGAUAUACAGGACUCCUGGGCUUCUCUCACCGAUAUCAUGGACUGGUUUGCAAAAAAGCCUGAACUGGUGGAAUUUGCAGGGCCUGGGCAUUGGAAUGACCCUGAUAUGCUUUUAAUCGGCAACGACGGUCUGUCUGUGGAUCAGGCAAGGGUGCAGAUGGCAGUCUGGUCGAUCAUGGCAGCACCUCUGAUUAUGAGCGUCGAUCUGAAUUCUAUCAAAGACGAGUUCAAGCAUAUUCUACUUAAUGAUAGAGUUAUUGCAGUUGAUCAGGAUGAAAUGGGAAAACAGGGUAUGCGGGUGUGGAAUAAGUCUAAUUGCGAGAUUUGGAGUCGUGAAUUGUCAAAUGGUUACGCUGUGGCGUUUGUGAACAGACGCAACGAUAGCGCCCCUUACGCUGUAGCCGCUACAUUUGAUGAUAUGCGGGUACCCGCACAGAACUACCAUGUGGAGGAGCUUUUUGACCAAGAAUAUUUGCGAUGUUACGGAACAAUGGACAGAAAAUUCAGAUCUAGAAUUAAACCUUUGGGCGUCAAGUUUUACAAGUUUACACCAAUGAAAUCAAAUGAAAUAAGUGACGAACACUAUCAAUGUUAUUAUUAACUAUUAAAUAAUG